GCCUGCAGCACAUUGCCAGACAGACAAGCGCUGCGCGAGGCGAGUUAGCAGCAGACUUUGACCCCUGAAGUUCAGCGUGUGUUGCCGAUCUGUUUUCGUGCCCGGGUUGUCCUUCUGCUUACUUAGUUCUGGAUCUGAUCUGAAGCCGGAGAGCCGUGACUACAUUUGUAUCCAAAACCAGGAGAAUUUGUCUGCGCUGCCCACAAUGGCUGAUGGUAGCUCGAAAGAUCUGCCCUUCAGGGUAGAGUAUGCUAAAAGUAACCGUGCAUCGUGCAAGUCAUGUCGCAACAAGAUUGACAAGGAAUCAUUGAGAUUGGCCAAAAUGGUGCAGUCUCCAGUUUUCGAUGGGAAGAUACCAAAUUGGUUCCAUUACCACUGUUUCUUCAAGAAGAACAAACCUGAGUCUCAAGCAGAUAUAGGGGGCUUUCCAAGUUUGAGAUGGGAUGAUCAACAAAGGAUCAAGGAAACACUGUCUGGAAAAGAAACUGGAGGAGCACUCAAGAGUGCAGAUCCUGAUGCAGAAGUUGACACUAUAACAACAUUGGCUCAGUUUAUUGUGGGCUAUGCCAGUUCUGGUCGGGCUCAGUGUCACGGUUCAGGUUGUUCUGAAAAGAUUGCUAUGAAAACAGUUCGGAUUGCCCUCUUGAAACCAAUGGAAGAACACCUAGACUAUGGACCUACACCUUGCUGGUAUCAUGUGGAUUGCUUUGUUAAUGCAAAGCACAAGGAGAAUGAUUACACUGAAUGGCCUGCUAAUGGGAAAGCCAGUAUGCUCACAGACUUUAACCUUCUCAAGGAUACAGAUAAGAAGAUGCUGGAAGAGAAAUUCAAGAAAGCAAUGCCAAAGACUAAAGGACAAGGCAAAGGCAAAACAGAUCCUCCUCCAGCAAAGAAGGCUGCUCCAAAAAUCAGCAAACUAGAUCGAGAUCUCAAGACCCAGAAUGAUCAGUUAUGGGCAAUCCGUGACCAGCUUUACCGAUGGGUAAAGAACAAUGGACUGAAGGACAUACUGGAAGCUAAUGAUCAACUAGUUCCUCCAGGAGAGAGUAGGCUUCUAGACAGUGUGGCUGAUGGCAUGAUGUUUGGUGCCCUUGAGAAAUGUCCAGAAUGCGAGAAUGGCCAGCUAGUUGUGAGUUCAUCAGGUCUGAGCUUUAAGUGUACAGGUAACCUGACAUCCUGGACCAAGUGUCAGUACAGAAGCAAGGAUGUUCCCAGGAGUAAGACAUGGCACAUUCCAGAAUAUCUUAAGGAAGAUAUUGAUUACUUGAAAAACUUCAAAUUUGUGGCGUACAACAAGGGUAAGAGACUGUUUCCGGAGGAGGAGGAAGGGGCUUCUACAUCAGCUGCAAGUCAAGAUGGAGCUGGUGAUGGCAAAAGAAAGAUAGUCAAGAAACCUGAAGAUAAGGCCCUAUACAACUGUACUAUUGUACUUCAUGGCAAAUUGUCCAAGAGCAAUAAACAACUGAAGACAACCAUCCAGGAUCUAGGAGGAGAGGUAGCUACUAAAAUCACACCAGAAACAGCCUGUGUCAUUAGCAAUGAAGCUGAGGUCAAGAAGAUGAACAAGAAGAUGAAAGAAGCUGAGAGCAAUGAUGUCCAUGUUGUUUCAGAGGAUUUCUUGGAUGCUGUUAAGAAUGGAGGUGCAGCUCUGAUGAUCACUCAACACAGCAUCUCUACUUGGGGAUCAGAUCCUACUACUAGAAUUGCUGAUACAGUUGCUGGUCAACUACCAACUAAAAGUAUUGGUCAACUUCAGAGAGAGAAAGAUGAGUCCAAGUUCACCUCUGUCAUGCCGAAGACCUCCAAGAUGCAGCUCAAAGGAGGAGCUGUGGUAGAGGAUCAAAAUCUAGGUCAUGCCACACAUGUUCACAAGGAAAAAGGUGUGUUAUACAGUGCAACAUUGGGUCUCGUAGACAUCAGCCGUGGAACAAAUUCUUACUACAAACUGCAACUUAUCAAACAUGAUUCGCAAGCCAAAUAUUGGGUCUACCGAUCCUGGGGACGAGUUGGGACUACUAUCGGAGGAAGCAAGUCAGAGCACUAUGGGUCUGACUUGGCUGGUGCUAAGGAGAUGUUCAAGAACACAUACCUGGAGAAGACCGGGAACAAGUUUGGUGCUAAGAACCCUAUCAAGCACCCCAUGAAGUUCUUUCCUCUAGACAUCAGCUAUGAUGAGGAGGAGGAGCGUAUUACGUCCAGUAAAGAGCGUGCAGGGAAGACAUCUCAGCUACCAAAACAGAUCCAGAGUUUGAUGAAAAUGAUCUUUGACUUAGAGGAGCUCAAGAAAACCAUGCUGGAAUUUGAGAUUGAUCUAGAGAAGAUGCCAUUAGGAAAGCUGUCUAAGAAACAGAUUGAGGAUGCUUACAGAGUACUCACUGACCUUCAGAAGUUGUUGACUGAUAAAGCCCCUAGAUCAGGCAUCUUAGAUGCCUCUAACCAGUUCUACACACUGAUUCCGCAUAACUUUGGUCUGAAAUCUAUUCCACUGCUGGACUCACUAGACAUCAUACAGGCCAAGACUCAGAUGUUGGAUAGUCUUUUAGACAUUGAGAUUGCAUACAGCAUGCUCAAAGAAACAGGAGAAGCAGGUGUAGACCCCAUCGAUGUUCACUAUCAAAAACUCAAAUGUCCCAUGGAGGUGGUUGAUAAGAAGAGUGAUGAAUUCAAGUUGAUUAAAGAGUACACAGACAACACUCAUGCAGCUACCCACAACUGGUAUCGCCUGUCUGUGGAAGAGGUCUUUAGGAUUAACAGAGAUGGGGAAGGUACAAGGUUCAAGCCUUUCAAGAAGCUUCAUAAUAGACAGCUGCUAUGGCAUGGAUCUCGUAAAACCAACUUUGGAGGAAUCCUGUCUCAGGGGCUCAGGAUUGCACCCCCAGAAGCCCCAGCAACUGGUUACAUGUUUGGCAAGGGUCUUUACUUUGCUGACAUGGUUACAAAGAGCGCCAACUACUGUUACGCCAAUGCCAGCAGUAACAUUGGGCUGAUGAUUCUCUCCGAUGUUGCACUAGGUGAUAUGUAUGAGCUUUAUGGAGCCAAGGGCAUGUCAAAGCCACCUGCAGGCAAACACAGCACUAAAGGUCUUGGACGCACUUGUCCUGAUCCAUCUGGAUUGGUUACCAUUGAAGACAAUCUUCAGGUUCCCAUGGGCAAAGGUUGCGAUAGUAACAUCAACAAUACCAGCCUUCUCUACAAUGAAUACAUUGUAUAUGAUGUUGCACAGGUCCAAAUGCGCUACCUCAUCAAGAUGAAGUUCAACUACAACUGUUGAUUAACGGAGAGACAGAUCAAACUGAGAGACAGAUCAAACUGAGAGAGAAUACCUGCCUAAAACCAGUAGAAGAUGGUCAAAACGGAUGAAACAAUGUAUUCAGUUGGGUCAGUGGAAUAUAAGAGGGUGCAAAAAUGUGUUGCUGAAUUGCUCAGAGACAGCAUGAAAGUGAUUAUUGAAGAGUACUCAUUGAGCAUAAUCAGCAACAAAUAAAUCAGACACUGAAAUAAGUACAAUGAAUAGUUGUUCUUUAUGAAAUCGGCUAACUACAGAAAUUUACUUUUGUACUUUUAGUUGUUUAUGUUUAUGCAGCUGAUAUUUUUCUACUUUAUUUUGAUUUAUACGUCUGCCAUUUGAUUAUUUUCUGCACAUGUAGAAUGCCAUCCAGUGUCCACCCCUUUUCUUUCUUUUUUUUUGGGGGGGGGGGGGGAUGAAUAUUAGCCUCUAAAUUUAUAUGUAUAUCAGAAUGUAUUUCUGACUAAAAGUAAAGUCUGAUGUAACACUUUGUUUAAUUUACUUGACAUUAAGUAAUCUAAAUCAUCCAUGCAGGUACCAGCAUCAUAGUAAGUUUGUAUAGGAUUGUAUCAUAGCUUAUCAUGUAAUAAGACAUGUGAAUGACCAGUCUUUUUGUGUCUCAUCACUAUGAACACAUGCGCAUAACUCCUAUUAAAACCAUUGUUAUAAAUGAUGGUGAUGUAUCAGAGGCGAUCAUUCAAUAGUGAUGUAGAAAUGAGGAACUAGGCUGUGAUCAGACCCAGACUCUCAUCUGGAAUUCUAUCAUUCUGACAGGCUAUGUACAUAAUUUAGGAUAUACAAUGUGAUCGCAUUUUGCAUUUAUACCAAUUCUAUUUUUUUUUAAAUAAAUUUUCUAUGUCAACAUUUGAUAGUAAAUAUAAAAAAACAAAGGAAGUCUUGUUUGCUUACAUACAAGCAUACUCAUGCUUUCUAUCACAUGCUUUCAAUAAUUAAUUAUUUACCUCUCUUGAAUAUGUAUGAAAAAAUGCCAUUGUUUUGCAGGCUAGUGCCAAUAAAUAUCAGACUGCAUAUUAUAGUUUGAUAAUGCGAUGAAGGCUGCAGAACCGGUUCUUUGAUAGGCCAAUUGACACAACUAUGAUAUUGUGCUCAUCUUUCAUAUUAAAUCUUUCUUUAUCAUAUUUUCAUGCCAGCCUCAUUUGCCAUGAAUCUUGCUUUAGCUGUAGUUUCUUUGCCUUCAUAAUCAUACAUAUAUAUAUGCUUUUUUUGUCUUCCUGUGGUUUUUAUCUCAAUGAUAUGGAUCUUCUUUUAUACUAGAUGUUAGGUAUAAGUCAUGUUUUGAGGAAUAAUUUUUCUAGAAAAGGAAAGUGAAUAUGUCUAGUCAUUGUAGAUACCUGUAAUGCAAAUUGUAGCAUCUAUUUUCUUCUACAUUCUGUGGUUAUAUCUUUUGCACUAUUAAUAUGUCAUGUACUAUAUAAUUCUGAUGUCUUUCACUGUCUGACUGUCUCUUUGUAGACUAUCUACAUAGAAAAUAUGUUUAUUCGUUAGUUGUUGUUUUUCACAAAAAGCCUAUUGUACCGACUGUGACAACAUAUUUCUGUUUAACUAUUAUUCAGAAUUUCGGAUCAUGAACAGUUUCAGAAAAUCUUUCCCCCAUACUGAUUUGUGAUACACUUCAGUAAACCUUGCAACACAUACAGGGUUAAUCCUUAAUUUGCUGCAACGUUUACGUGGAAAUUACAGAAAGAUUUCAUGUUUAAAAAGUGUGCAAAUAAUACUUACAUGUAGUGUCAUAAAAACAAUGCACAAUUAUACCAAGAUUACUAUGGUGUAACGAUUUGCAUAAUAAACGAGGUAUGGAGUGGCAACAGGUGUGGUAGGAAUAGUUCCAUAUCUUCUUACAAAAAGCAUAAUGUUGCCAAGAAUAGAAACAAAGGAAAGUGUUAUAUUGGCUAUUGAUUUGAAACAAUUAUGCUCGCGGUAAAAUAUUAUUACUAAAAUGUGAGGGAAAAUUUCUUUUUGUUGUGUCUUAGUUGCUAAAUUCUAUCUAGAACUUUCACUACUCUUAUAGGAAGGAAUCUUUUCUAUUGAAAAGUUUUAGUCUUUAUAAAAUGUUGAUAACUGUUUGAUACUAUAAACAUGUUUCAUCGCUCGGUGUGGUAUGAUGUCAAUUGUUAAGUACCCAAUGAUAUUAUUACAUGUACAUUAAGUUAAAGCAGUUUGAUCAUGAAGUACAGGAAAUGUUUGCCUCAAGAGUGUGUAAAAAGAAAUAAUGCUAUCUCAUGUAUGUUCUUGUUUGUUCUUGAGAAAUUACAUUUGUGAUUGAGGCCAAACUUAUUAAACUGUAACAGUUUAAUUUAUCUAUGUAUUAAAUGCAAGUGCACCAUCUCUAGACCUGCAUUCUAUUCUAGUUCCAGAAAGUAAAGAAUAGUUUUCUUCAUUUCAUAUGAAUCUUGAAAUAAACUCAUCAAAUUGAA